AUCAGUUUUACCCGUAGACUCGAAGAAUGCACUUCAUACGUGAAAUUGUUCUUGUGCUGCUCGUAGCCAUUCUUGCGGUGCUGGCACAAGAUGUGGAGGUUGUUGUAAAAAUCCCCAAUGGGCAAAUUCGGGGCAUUCAAUCGGGAAAGAUUUAUUCCUUCAAGGGUAUCCCAUAUGCGGAGCCUCCAGUGGGGGAGAAACGCUUCGAACCCGUUGGGAUUAAUCGCGAAAAGUGGUCAGGUGUGAGAGAUGCCACAGAUUAUGGGGCAUACUGCAUCCAAAUGUCCCACAUGGGAUACAGUGAUGAAGCAAAGGUGAUGGGAGAGGAGGAUUGUCUCUUCCUCAAUGUCUUCACAACGAGCAUGGAUAGUGAUCGGAGACUCCCCGUAUUUUUCUAUAUUCACGGUGGGGCUUUUAUGUUCGGCGGUGGGGCUCUCUUUACUCCCGAGAGGAUUCUCGAGCUGCAGGAGGCUGUCUUUGUCACAAUUAACUACCGCGUUGGUGCAAUGGGAUUCCUCAGUACGGAAGAUGAAGUUGUCCCCGGGAAUAUGGGGCUUAAGGAUCAAGUUGUCGCGUUGCAGUGGGUCCGGGAGAAUAUUCACCUCUUCGGCGGUGAUGCCGGUUCAGUCACAAUCACGGGAUUAUCAGCUGGUGGCGCCAGUACGCAUCUUCAUUACUUCUCUCCCCUCUCAGCGGGGCUCUUCCAUCGUGGAUUCUCCCAAAGUGGAUGUGCCCUCAAUCCGUGGGUAUUGGCUGAAAAUUCCAAGAAGAAAGUCACAGCAAUUGCCGUUAAAUUGGGCUGCCCAGCGAGAGAUAACAUCAAGAUGAUUAAUUGCCUAAAAUCCCGCCCAGCUGAGAAGGUUGUCCGGGGGGCUAAGCUCUUCCUGCCGUGGCUGUAUAACCCGUUCUCACCAUUUGGGGUGGUUGUGGAGAAAAAAGGCUCUAAUCCUUUCCUCCCUGAGCAUCCUGAGGAUCUUCUGAGAGCGGGAAAAGUUGCCCAAGUUCCGUGGAUUGUCUCCCUGACGGAUUCUGAGGGACUCUAUCCUGUUGCUGAUUUCGUCGAUCCCCCGUCGAAGCUUGAGGAAAUCAAUAGGAGAUGGGAUGAAUUGGCACCAGCUCUUUUGGAUUACGAAGGAACCGUUGGGAGUAAUGAUCAGACAACUGUUGCAAAGAUAAUAAGAACCUUCUACUUUGAGAAUGAGGAGAUAAAUGAGAAGAACUUCAAUAAGCUCGUGCAGAUGUUCAGUGAUCGUCUCUUUGAUGCAGGGAUCAGUCUCAGUGCUCGUCUUCAUGGGCAAUACGUGAGAGCACCCAACUAUCUCAUCCGCUACACUUAUCCGGCUAUUUUUGGUGUGCAACAUUUCUUCGCGCCACGCUUCAAAUUCACCGGAGCUGGUCAUGGGGAUGACAAUAUGGUUAUCUACAAGACAUCCUUCAGGACAGUUCCAUUGACAUCGAGGGAAAAGGAAAUGGUUGACCUCUAUGCGAAAUUCUUCAUUUCCUACGCAAUGGGGAAACCACGAAUAGGCCUCCUGUCCCUUUUGCCAAUCAAACAGGAUCCCAAACUGCCCUUCAUCCACAUCCAGUCACCCAAAAAUAUUUCCCUGGAAGUUACAAUGGGAUUUGGGAAUGAGAAAUUCUGGUAUUCUCUCCCCAUUUCCGAAUACUCCAAAUGGAAUGCCCCAAGAAAGCCCGAGAGGGUGGAGUUGGUGCGAAAUCUCAUGGAAAAAUUAAUUUUCUUCGUGAUCUUUGCCCUGUGUGGCUCUUCGGUGGCGCAGGAAGUUAUUUUGAAGUUGCCAAAUGGUCCAAUUCGUGGGGAAAAACACCCAGAUUUCUAUUCCUUUAAGGGCUUACCGUAUGCUGAACCCCCCAUUGGGGCUAAACGAUUCCAACCUGUUGAGCUUUUCCGUGGGCAGUGGGAAGAUGUGAGAAAUGCCACGGAAUUCGGUGAGAUUUGCCUUCAGUGGCGUGAAACAACAGCAAAGAAGCUCAGUGGGCAGGAGGAUUGUCUCUUCCUCAAUGUCUACACGCCUCAAGUGGGCACAGAUGUGAAACUUCCGGUGAUUGUGCACUUCCACGGUGGAGGUUUCACUUAUGGGAGUGGAACAUUCUUCAGCCCAGAGCGAAUGCUGCAGCUGGAGCGCGUGGUCUUUGUCUCGGUAAACUAUCGCCUUGGUCCCCUUGGUUUCCUCAGCACGGAGGAUGACGUUGUUCCUGGGAAUAUGGGACUAAAGGAUCAAGCUGUGGCUCUUCAGUGGAUCCAGGAGAAUAUUCAUCUCUUUGGUGGUGAUCGUGAAUCUGUGACUCUUAGUGGAUUUUCAGCUGGUGGAGCGAGUGUUCAUCUCCACUACCUCUCCCCACACUCCGCGGGGUUAUUCCAUCGUGGAAUCUCACACAGUGGAUGUGCCCUCAAUCCGUGGGUAUUGGCUGAGAAUUCACGGGAGAAAGCAAAAUUCCUUGCCAAUCAUUUGGGAUGCCCUACGGAGAAUGUCAAAGAGAUGAUUGAUUGUUUAAGAGGGAAGCCAGCUGAGGAUAUUGUGAGCUGUGUACCACUUUUCCAGCCCUGGCCAUCGCAACCAUUUACCCCUUUUGGGGUUGUUGUGGAAAAGGACACGAAGGAUCCUUUCCUCCCAGCCCAUCCGGAUGUUCUCUACAAAACGGAGAAAUUCUCCAAACUCCCGUGGAUUGUGGGCUACACCGAUGCUGAUGGGGUCUUCCCUGCAGCUGAAUUCCUCCUUGAGCCAACAAUGUUGGAUGCUCUUCAGGAUCGUUGGUCAACCGUUGCACCAUUUGUAUUGGAUUUCAAUGGAACAACCACACAGGGUGAUCAUGAAGAUCUCUCCCAUCGAAUUUUGCGAUUCUACCUUGGCAAUGAGAAACUCUCGCGUGAAACAUUCAGCGCCUUCGUCACAAUGCUAACCGACAGAAUUUUUGCCACAGGAAUCGGUCAGUGUGCUCGUCUCCACAGUCAAGGAGCCCCAACAUACCUCUAUCGCUACGACUAUCCUGCCAUUUUUGGCAUUUGGCAGAUUUAUCUGGGCGUCGAUGCGCGCUACAACGGCGCCGGACAUGGAGAUGACGUCUUUGUCUUGCUACGAAAUAAAAAUGAUCCACGGGACGAACAAACCCCAGCUGAGAAGGAAAUGUGUCGACUCCUCACGCAAAUGUACGUCUCCUUUGCAAAGGAUCCCCAUCCCACCGUUGGCGAUGUCACAUUUGCCCAAGUCAAUGCCCAUGGGUUUGCUUCAUUCCUCCACAUUCGUUCCCCAACAAAUAUCUCCAUGGCUCUGGAGGAGAAUGUCGGCGAAGAAGACUUCUGGCAAUCACUUCCAAUUGAGGAAUCAGGCUUCCUCCCCGGAGGACAUCCCGCACGGAAUACCAUUAAAGGGGAACUCUAGUAAAACAUCCCAUUCUAUGGACAUUCAGCACAUUGUUUUUUUUAUAUCAAAAGAAUCAAAUUGACUUUUUUUUAUACAAA